ACUUCUUUUUAAACAGUAGGUCUUUUCACUCAGUCUGCUUGAAACCUGUUUACGUUCGCUCUCCCAGAGCUGUCUGACAGGACACAUAAUGGCAAGACGAUGCAUAUUUCGCUUUCAAAUUGAACACUAGCAGGUGAGGGAAUGCAUGCAUGGACAUUAAGUGAUGGAAGUCCUUAUUUGGGCUGCUGCUCCUCGCUUCCUGAGUUCUCAAUCACAGUAUGGAACUGGGAACCUGCUGAGGUGCUCUGUACAUGGUCACAAGGAGGAAAUGAUGUAAUUUCUUUACAGUUCAACCCCAUGAACUGGUUCCAGCAUUGUGCUUUGGGCACCACAACCGUCACUGUCUGGAAUAUAGAAAGAUGUUGGAGUAUAGUACAGCUUCCAGCAACCGAUGGCUUUUUGGCAGAGGACCUCCAUCCCCGUCCAGCCAAGAACCCAACCUGCGUUGUUCCAGACAUGUGUCUUAUACUAAACAAACAACUUUCAGCUGAACCAAUUGUCAAAAUAAACUGUUCAGCCAAAAGGUUGAUGUUGACUACAGCUUAUCUUGAGAGUGUGGUCCAUUGUCUGCAGAUCAGACGACGUAAGAUCCACAUCACCCAAACAUGGAAGUUAGAGAGACCCAUUUCGACAGCAGUACUCUCCCCUGACGAUAAAACAUUACUUCUAUCCUCCAAAACAGGGCAAAUCUAUCUGCUGAACCUGGCCAAGCCAGACCAGAUCGAGGAAGAUUUAACAGAUAAUCUAUUCAGCCAACAGAUGAUCCAGCUGAAACCAAAGGAUCAGGUGAAAGGUCACCCACUCGGGCCUGCCUAUGUCCUUCUGUCUCCUGACAGCUUGUGGCUGCCCUCUGUUGGACAAGAUUGCUUACUGCGGAUCAGGCCUACUGCUUCUAUGGGACAGUAAUGUGAGCUGUGGUGUCAUUCCUGCCGACUCGCUGGACUUCGGACUGUCUCCUCCUCUGCAGACAGUAACACAGUUUCCACAACUGGCUUAAAAGACGGUUCUCUCCAGUGCACCAAUUUCUUUUGCUGUCGGCUUCAAAAACUGAUGCGUGAAAAUGAGCACGUCCCUAUAGAAGAGUUUAACUUGGAUGUGGAGGGGCAGAGAGUACUGGAUGCCAUGGUGGAGGAGGAAGCUGAAAAGGUGAGGGCUGAAAUUCAGCUGGACAUUGCAAAAAUUCGUCACCUCUAUGAUGAUCUGAAGAGGGAAUGCUGGGCUUCCUUUAUGGUCAAACCCAGGAGCAUCAUGGCCUUCCACUCUGAAAUGGAAGUAAAGAACUAUCCCCUCAAUGAGAGAGUAGAGAAGGAGUUGGGGGACCUCCAUAGGGUUCAACAUAUAAGGAAGAAUGAAAUGGCUGCAAACAAAGUUAAUAAAACUGCUGCUUAUGUUUUGCUGUACCAUUUGUUGUCCCACAACUUUAACCUGCAUCUGAGGGGCCAGAAGAUAAGUAACAGCGAAGAGGAGGAAGACCCUGGGGCAGAGAGCAAAGCUCUGAGGGGAAGCAUUUCAGCUCAGUUAGGAUAUUUCCAUCCUUAUCUCUACAUCCAGUUCAGCUUGAAAACUAUCGAACAAAGGAGCAACCAGAUUAUAUUGUUACAGGAUUUGGUUUAUGACAUCAAGAUGGAUUUCAGCUCAGAUUUCGAAGCUCUGCACAGGAGGAAAUUGGAGGUGCUCAGACAUGUGAGGGACAGGAACAAAAGGAUCCGGGAAAUCAUGCAGAAACUUGACAUAGAACAGAAGCUGUGGGAGCCCAGCCUGACCGACAGUGAGUGGCCAGAGAGUCUGUUCACUCUGGACGACUCUGAGGUUACCGUCCUCAUUCAUGAUGAGCCCAUAGUUUUUGAUUUUACUCCACAGGAAAUGCCUCCUCCUGAGUUUGUUUUGACCAAAGCUGAAACUCAGUGUAGCAUCAAGGAGAGAGAAGUCUGUAAAGAAUAUGAGAGGAGCUUCAAAAAUCUCGGUGAAGAAAAAGAUAAAAAGGCAAGAGACAGAGACAGCCUGGGACUUGGCCUUGCCAAGGCUAACACAUUCCAGCCGAUUGGAGAGAAAAGAUUUAAACCAGUCCAGAACAGUGUCACAGAGAACGACCUCCGCAUGAAGACGGUGGUUCAAAUGUUGAGGGCCCAGACUGGAAACCCACCCAACUUCUUAAAGCAGCGUCAUCUGACUGACUCCGCUUCUCCUGAUGGACUCAGUCAACUGCUCAAAGCCAUUGAAAAGCUGGAUGCUCCAGAAAACAUGCCAAAAGUGAAACCAUCCAUCUGGAAAAUAUUUUGUCUUGUGCGCAAAACAAAAGUGGAGAGUGAACAAAGGAUUCAUAGAAAAGCAUUAAAUCUCGCUGAGAUGCAGGCCUUUCUGCAUAGAAGAAAAGACGAACUUCAUCUAGUAGAAAAAGAGAUCCGUCAGAUUCGUGACGCCAUUCUGAGCGUCGUGGAUGAGAAGAACGAGCUUCUCACUAACUACAUGGUCCAGGUUGUAUAUGGACAGGUGGAGCCUACAGUUUUGUCAACCAAUACACCUGGGGAGAACACCGCCAUCGUCCAUAGAAGUGUGGUAGAAGACUUUACAGUCUGUCUUAAUCAUCAAAAUACUGACAGUACAUUUUUUCCUAAAAAAAAAAAA